GCUUAAUUUAUACAGAUAGGUUUUAUGUUCGCCAGCCAUACUUAUGAAGGUAAUUUAAUAUUAUCUACAAUGUCAUUUGUGUGAAGAAAAGAAAAUUCAUGUUAUCGCGAUUUCCCAUAAAACUAUUUUUCGUAAAUCAAUUAGAAAGUGAAAUUAACGGAAAUACAUAAACUAUUAUUGUCCAUUUACAUACCCUAAUCACCCCUCUAGAGGUGGAAGAGAAUAUAUAAAGAGACGUUCUAGCACUUGAGAUAGCCAGUUUUCUUUUCAAAAUUUCGAAUUCGUACAUUAGGCAAGGACUAAGUGCCUUGGUUAUUAAUUUACGGAAAAUAAACAUAGUUUAAUUUAACGUUUGAUAUUUGCAAUUGAAAAUGAAAUUUCUAAUCUUUCUUUUUUUAACUGCUUUUGCAAUAACAAUCUUUGUCGAGGCGCAAGAUAUUUCGAAUCUGUUGAACGAUAGACGUUACGUGCAAAAACAAAUUAAUUGUAUUUUGGGUCAAGGCCAUUGUGAUGUCGUGGGAAGGAAAAUCAAAGAGAUAUUACCGGAAGCUUUGAAUAAUCAUUGCCGUCGUUGCACACCUCGACAAAUGGCACACGCACGCACAUUGAUCGCAUUUAUGAAAGAAAAUUAUCCGAACGAGUGGCAUAUUAUUGUACAACGUUAUACAGCAAUGCCGUAUUAUAAAAAUUACAGAAGAACUUAAUAAAAUGACAGUAACGAAGGAGGAGCGUCGUAUUCUACUGAUAAAUUUUGAUGGACUUUGAAACGAACAAUAAAGUAUUAACAAUUUCAUAUUAACAAUUUGUUUUCUUUAUUCUUUUUUCUAUCAACCCCUUCAAAAAUUUGAACAAAAUAAUUUGUAUAGAACGAAGGUUCUGUCCCUUAAGCCUUAAGGGAUACCUGUCGAUAGAAAGCUUCGACAGUCAGUUUUUCGCAAUAUAGAUAGUUGAAGGAUAAAAAGUUAGUUGAAAUCAUGAUACGACCAGCAUAUUAAUCAAUGCGAUGAUUCUAAUGUCGAAACUUACACACAUAACAUG